AUGGCAGGGUGUGCGUUCGACAGGCCACUGCUCUCCAACGUGCUGCCGCCUCUGCUCCUGCUGGAAUGUGUGCUAGGAAUGCUGGGUAACGGAGGGGCCCUCUGGAUCUUCUGUUUCCAUGUGAAACCCUGGAAGAGCAGCACCGUCUUCCUGUUCAACCUGGCUCUGGCCGACUUCCUGCUCAUCGUGAUCCUGCCGUUUCGUGCCGUCUACUACCUGAGGGAGCUGGACUGGAUCUUCGGCGAUGCGUUCUGUCGCAUCUCACUCUUCAUGCUGGCCAUGAACCGAGGGGGCAGCAUCUUCUUCCUCACCGCCGUGGCCGUAGACCGCUACCUCCGGGUGGUCCAUCCUCACCAUCCCAUCAACUCCAUGGCCGUCUCCAGGGGAGCGUGUGUCGCCAUCUUCGUGUGGGUCCUCAACAUCUCCCUGACAGCCCGGCUCCUGACUGAGUCUCACCAGAACUCCACCCACUGCGAGUCCUUCGGCGGGUCCAGCGACUGGUACCACUCCGUGUUCCUGCUGGAGUUUGCCAUUCCGCUGGUGAUCAUCCUGUUCUGCACCGCCCGCGUGAUGGCCCAGCUCUGCCAGAAACGCCUGAGCAAGGACGCCCGGAUCAGGAGGGCCCUCUGGUGCCUCUCCGCCGUCAUGGUGACGUUCGUGGUCUGUUUCCUCCCCAGCAACGCCGCCCUCCUGCUGAUCUGGGCGAAGACGCUGGGCGGGGGCGCCGGCUGCGACAAGCCGGUCUCCACGGCGUUCUUCAUCGCCAUCAGCCUCACCUACCUCAACAGCACGCUGGACCCCGUGGUGUACUACUUCUCCAGCCCGGCCUUCAAGAGGAUCUACAGGAAAGCGACGCGGCCCAGCCUCUGGGGGAAGGAAGCGCCCGCCGCCACCGUAGACAUGGAUGGAACCAGAGACUCGAAGGUAUAA